AUGGCUUUGAAUCCUUUACCAAAUGCGCUUGUGAUAGGUGCUUUUACUGGUGGUUUAUUUGGUUUAGCAGCCAAAUAUAUCACUGAUAAAAAUAAGGCUACAGGUCAAUUAGCGGGUGGUAUUACUGGAGCUGCAGUAGGUGGAUUGGCAGGAGGUGCAAUUGGAGCUACAAUUGUUAGUACAACAAUAGGAAUUGUUAGUAGUGGUUGUGCUGGUAGUAUAUCAGGUUCUAUAUGUGGAUAUACUACUGCAGGAUGGACUUAUGAAGAUGAAAAAAUUCCAAAUGGAAAAAAUAAAUAA